AUGACGUUAUUUGCGGGCAAGGGACGACCUGGUUGGAAGGGCGCCCGCCUGAUAGGCAAGUUCGGCUUGGAGCAUCUCGCCCGUCUCUGCCCUCACCUGGAGCACCUGUCGCUGGAGUGGCUCGAUAGCUCUGCCAAGCCUCCAGACUCUCUCUUUCAGCUGCCGUUGCGCACCCUCGUCUUGAACAAUAAAGCUGACUUAACGAUUCCAAAAGUCAGAUCCCUUUCGCCGUCUCUCACUGCACUCUGCUCUGGAACUUCCUUCCUAGACUACGACCAGCUUUCCACCAUCCUUCGACUCACCAACCUCACUCGCCUCUCCUUGUCUAAAACCAUCCGUUUUCCCAGAUCGCGUGACGUCGCACUCGCACAGCUACCUUCUCUCGAGUCAUUGGAAGUAAAGCUUUUUGAUAGCUUAACAGACAUUUUCCUGCCCAACUUUCAAUAUAGGUCCUUGAAACGGCUGCAGCUUACCUCUGGCUACGGAGAAGAGCGGUUCCCAAACAGUUUUGCAGAGCUGCUGCCGUGCCUCCAAGAGCUCAGCAUCAGUAACUGCAAAAACAUCAGCGACUGGACUGACCAGUUCACCUCUUUCACCUGCCUGGAGAGCUUGACCAUUUCUGGAUGCAACGUGUCCUUGCUGCCUGAGAACAUGGGGGAUCUUCCAGCCUUGAAAACUCUUGUGCUGGACGAGUCAAGGCUUUGCCGUCUCCCUGCUUCCUUCACCAGCCUCACAUCUCUGGAGACGUUGCUUGUGCUUCAUUUUUUAUGGGAUGAUCUACCUGCAGGACUUGGUUGCCUCACAGCACUCCGGACUCUAUCUCUUGUGUGCUCCCGAUCCCCGAACCUGGACCUUCAAGAAGACUUGGUGGGGCUGACGAGUCUCCAAACCUUUCGUCUCCAACAGUAUCUCAGAGAGCAGCUGCCGCCCUCAUUCACGCAGCUGGCGUCGCUGACCAGGUUGGAGCUGGAUGAGUGCAGUCUUGUUGGCCUGCCAGAGGGAGUUGGCACCAUGGCAAGGCUGCAGGAGCUGUGUAUUCACGCUUGCCCUGACAUUACUGGGAUUACAGAAUCUGUCACAAACCUUGUUAACCUUCGGGUGCUCAUCAUAGACAAGUGUCCCCAUUUCUCGUCACUUCCCAGGAGGCUGGACAGCCUUACCAGCCUCACACAGCUGGAGGUGAGGGGAUGUGAGCUGCUGAACGAAGCCCCUCAGGCUCUGCCGCUCAGACUUCAGACACUGAUCUUCAAAAACAAGCAGCAGAUGGUGUCUCUCCCAGACUUAGCGACUCUUACAGAGCUCAGGAAGCUGUGCUUGGGCAUCGUGGGUGCAGAAUGUGUUGAGGACAUCGGUGGGCAUCUCUCUGGGCUGGAGCACCUGGAGGUACAGCUGGUGCUGGGAGGAGAAGGCGCCGAGGAGACUCUGUCCGCGUUGACAAGGCUUUCUUGCCUCCACACCUUGACACUUAAGGGGGAUUGCAGCUUCAAAAGACUGGUGGAGUGUGACGGCGAGGGAUUGCUGGAGCUGCGGCAGCUGAACAUGGACACCACGUGUGAUGAAUUCACAGAGCUGCCUGCGACCUUCACCACUCUCAACCACCUCACAUCCCUUCAGAUCCACGCGCCAAAGUUAUCCUCCCUUCCAGAAGCCUUAGGGGCACUCUCAAGACUGCGCAAGCUGAACUUAUCCAACUGCUCAUCCCUCACACACCUCCCUGCUUCCCUCACGCAGCUCUCCUGUCUGCAUGAGCUGAACGUCAGCAACACCAGCAUCCGGCUGCUUCCGCCUGGCUUGACUCAGCUUAGCAGACUGAGGAGGCUGGAUGUUCACAGCUGCAAGCACCUGGAGGCUCUGCCUGACGACAUAUGUGAGCUCAGAAUGCUCGAUCACUUGUCCACUAGGUGGUGUGACGAGGUCCAGCACCGAAGGUGCCUUUCACACUCAUGA